CUCAGCACUAUCCUAACAUCCCCGCAGCGCUGUUGCGACCAUGGCGGCCGGGUUGCCCUCGUGGUCCCCUGGGAGUUGGGCCGCGGCACGUUCGCCGUGCACACCGCCUAAGCGUUUGGGUGUGGCUCAAAGCCAAGCCAUGACACCUGCACCAAGCUCACCUCAGAUGGUGUCACAUCGCCGUGGCUCGCAGCGAGCUCUGACGCCGUCGGACCGAAGAAGCUACGGUCUAGCUCGCAAGUCGCCCGACCCCGCCACACCGGGGAUGCCACCAGAGCGCCUAGCAUUGGAGAUGAGGUCGACCCCUCCCACGAAAACCACCAAGGAUGGGAAAAUGCCAAGGCCCCGAGCCCGUGCGGCCUCCGAAACCGGCCCAUGCGAAUCCAAGGAAUCCCGUCCUCGUGGUGCACACAAGUCGCCUGGCGACCAGGACUCCCAGGACUCCCAGGCGCUGAAAGAACUGAAAGCGGAGAACCGCACCUUGCGCGCGCUGGCAGACAGGUUGCAGUUGCAACUUGCCGCUGUAGAGGAGAGUGGCCGGCGGUACCAAAAUGCUGCUGAGGAGCUCUUGAUAGGUGCUUGGGAGGACCAGAUGGACAGACCUGGCCUCGGCCGAGAGGAUGAGGAGGAGCUGCUGGCUGCGUUGGUUCACCGUCAAGGUGACUUACUUUGAGAUGCUUCCUAUAGCCAGAAGCAAUUAGUUGCAGGGCAGAAGAUCCACUUGGGCAGGCAGUGAGGGAGAGCUGCUUGAAAAAGCGCUGCAAUGGCGGAUGAAGUUGAAACUCAUUGGUGACUAGGCAUAG